AUGCCUCCUUGUCAAAAGGCCGUAGGGCCAAUGGCACGAUGCCUACAGAAAACUCCGUCAUUAUGUCUAUCUGCAAGAUCAAUACGAACGUUUACGAGCUCCACAACAUUCAAUGCAGAAGCUGCAGUUCAGGAAGCAGCACCAGUUGGUCUCGACCCGGCGACUGUUGUGAGGCCAGAAAAUGAACGGAAGUUGAUGAGGCAGGGUAUUAUGCCUAUAGGAUCUAGACGUCGUCGCGCAGCGCUGAAGAGUUCCGCCAAUAUCCCGUUCGAACAACUACCAUAUCAAUGUUUCCAGGAAGCUCGAAAGAUCUUACAAGCGGACAGAGAGGAAAAGCUAGAGAUGAUCGCGAAGGAGAGAUUAAGGCUCAAGAACUUGGAGGCACAGGAUGCUUCGAUUAGCGGGGGUGAGAGACAGAAACAGACCAGACUAGACAGUAUAAGGAGGUAUAUCGAGUAUUUAAAGAUCCAGGCGGACAUCAAUGAUCCUUUGAUCAAGAAGCGAUUUGAGGAUGGUGAAGGUGACAUGAAUAAACCAAUCUACCGCUACCUAGCAGACCGAAAAUGGCGCGAAUAUCAACGCAAAGUGAUUGUUCAACGUAUCGAGCAAUUUUCGAUCGUCCCUGAUCUUCUUCCUCAUUUCGAACCUACCGCCGAAGUCCGUCUCGCUUUCCAAAGUCGGAAUGUUCAACCGGGAGACUAUGUGGAUUCCAGAGUCAGCGAGUUUCCAGCCAGAUUAAAGGUUCAGAUCUUUGACAAAGGGGAGAGACUCGUCAGUGUUGUGGUUGUGGAUGCAGAUGUUCCGAAUGUGGAGAACGAUCACUUUAACACAAGAUGUCAUUACCUCGCUGCCAAUAUUCCAAUCUCCCCAGUACAAGACUCAUUACCACUAUCUAAAGUCAACCCAGAAAGCCAAUUGAUCCUCCCAUGGCUACCACCAUUCGCGCAAAAAGGAUCACCAUAUCAUCGAUACUCGGUAUUCGUAUUGGAGCAAAAACCCGGACAAAUUCUGGACGUAGCAGGACUCAAAGAAUUUUAUCAGCGUGAUCGAUUUAACUUGAGAGGUUUCAAGGAUAGACAUGAUGUACAACCCAUAGGAUUGGGACUCUUUAGAAGUCAAUGGGAUGAGGGUACUAAAGGAGUUAUGCAGAGAGCAGGAAUCGAAGGAUGGGAUCUUGAGUUCAAGAGGACGAGAAUCCCAGCGCUGAAGCCAAAACAGAAGGCUAGAGGUUGGGAGGCUCGUCAUGCUAGUGAUAAGUAUAAGCCUUUGAGGAGAUAA